UCCCGGCCGCGCUAUAAAAGCCUGCGGCCGCUCGAAUGCGCGCCUGAUGGGCUGUCAGAUGCGAUUUGGAGUAACAGGUGGAUUUGACUGCAGACACUCCCCAUCAUUGCGCUUGGAUAAACUUGAGUACCGCGCAGGAGCAGGACCAUGGAUUCAGACACGAGCCGGGUCUCAAGCAGACCGUCGUCCCCGGAGGUGGACGACAUCUUCCUGUCCACCCUAAAGAAGUCCGUGCACGGCUUCUCGGGCGCCGUGUCCUCCACGCAGAGCGACUCCCCGUCAGACAUCCCCGGUCUGCGCGGCCUCUCCGCCGCCGACGAGGAGGCGCUGGCGCUGCGCAUGGCUUCCAAGAAGGACCGCAAGCUGCUGUCGGAGAACGAGCUCCAGGCCAUCCGUCUGAAGAUCAACAGCCGCGAGAGGAAACGGAUGCACGACCUGAACGUGGCCAUGGACGGGCUGCGGGAGGUCAUGCCGUACGCGCACGGACCGUCGGUGCGCAAGCUCUCCAAAAUCGCCACUCUGCUGCUGGCGAGAAACUACAUCCUGAUGCUCAGCAACUCCCUGGAAGAGAUGAAGCGGCUGGUGAGCGAGAUCUACGGCAGCAGCGGGCACCACGGCGGCUUCCACCCGUCGGCGUGUGGGACUAUGACGCACGCGGGGCCCGUGCCGGGACACCCGGGGGCUUCCCACGCCUCGCACCCCGCAGUGCAUCACCCGCUCCUCCCCCCGCCGCCCUCCACCACCUCCCUCUCCGCUCCCGGCAUUUCCGCCGUCACAUCGGUCAGACCCCAUCACGGACUUCUCAAAGCGCCCGCUGCAGGCGCAGGGCCCCUGGGCAGCAGUUUCCAGCACUGGGGCGUCGGCACCGGGAUGCCCUGUCCGUGCAGCAUGUGCCAAGUCCCGCCUCCGCAUGUGUCCAGCAUGAGCUCCGUGACCAUGCCGAGGCUGGCGGGCGACUCCAAGUGACUCUGAACUCAAACGAACUUUUUUUCCCCCCCUCAAUGGGUUGUACAGACUAUGUUCCACAUUUUUAUUUAUCUCCGUCUGCCGAAUCCGCUGCAUAACCGAGAGCUCAUACCAAUGCAUUGAAUUUCCUCCACGGGAUUUGCAAAUUUUGAUACUAACUUAGUGUUUUAUUGUGAUUAAUCUCUAAUGUGACAGGUAUUUAUGCACAAGCAGCUCCGAAAGCACAAAAAAAAAAAACAAACAAAAAAAACACCUUUGGGCCCAGGAUUUGUCUUUAGAUAUUUUGCCGUCCAGAAGAAGAAGAAAAAGAAGUCUCAAGUUAAAGCAACAAGUCCCAGUUUUUAAUUGUAAAUAUGUAGAUGGAUUAUUGUCUUUAAAUAGUUGCAGAUGUUAUAUAUUAGAGUCUUGUUAAGAUCCUCCUGUCUGUUCCUUACAUUUUGCACCUGCUUCAUUCAUCUUAUCCGUCUUUGUUCAAUGUUUUUAUUUUUAUUUUUUAUUUUGUUUUGCUUCUUCUCGCUCCACUGCCUGACUCAAACAAUGACCACUUGUUUAUUUUUUUAAAUGUAAAACAAACAAAAAAAAUCAAUAAAUGAAAAAUGAUAUUUAUUUACUUAUUUGGGUGGAAAUUUCAAAUCAAUCCCUUGUUCUGUUGGGGACUUGAAAUGUAAAAAAUAAAGACGAUUAAUAAAAAAAGAGAAA